GUGGUGGUGGUGGGUAGUGGUGGUGGUAGUAGUGAGAAGCAGCUUAGGACGGAACGAGCCGAGGUUGGCCGAACGUAAUAGAUAGACGAAGAGAGCCGAACGUAUACGAUCGGAGCGGCGUGAGCUAGCUUGUGCGAGCGUGCGAGCGAGCGAGCAAGCAAGCAAGCAAGCAAGCAAGCAAGCAAGCGUGCGAGCGAGCGAGCGAGCGAGCAAGCAAGCAAGCAAGCGUGCGAGCGAGCGAGCGAGCGAACGAACGAAUAAGCGCGAGCGAGAGAACGAAUACGGCGCUCGAACUUGUGGAGUGUGAGUCUGGAGUAGUGAGUGAACGAGUCUGGACUAGCGGGCUACCCCGGUUCCGAGUCAGUCAGUGUGCCACCGGCGACCGUAGCCUCGCCGCGCGAGAACGUGGGAUAUAAUAACGCGAUCGAGACGAAGAGACAGACGCACACGUACACGUUUAACGUAACGUACAUACGUAUACAUACGUGAAUACGUACGAUUACACGGCAACGCACGUACCAUUUACACGACUCUUCUUCGUCAAUCAUUUUUUAUUCUCUUACGUUUUUUUAUAUAUACAUAGUUAUAUGUGUAUAUAAAAUAUAUAUAUAUAUAUAUGUGUAUAUAUAAUAAUUGUUGUCUAUUGCAAUUAUAAUUAUUGUAAUUAUUAUUAUAAUUAUUAUUAUAAUUAUUAUCAUUACUAUUAUUAUUAUUAUUAUUAUUAUUAUUAUUAAUGGUAUUAGAAGAGAAAAAAAAAAGGGUCGCGAGAGAUCGUAUUUGUUUUCUCCGUCAGAAUUAAAUCUUUCUCCGAUCGGGAUAGACACGCCUCGUUAAAUCAACAUUUUUUUAAACGUUGAUCAAGAAACAACGUGAAGAAGAAAAGAAGAAGAAGAAACAGAUAAAGAAGAAGAGGAAAAAGAAGAAGAGGAAAAAGAGAAAGAAGAAGAAACGGUCGAAUAAGAAAGAAGGGAAAAAUCGUUGGAAUCUUUUUUUUCUCUCCGUUAUCAUCGCCACUCAUUAUUAUUACGAUAAUAUUAUUACUAUUAUUACUAUUAACAUCAUCAUCGUCGUCAUCAUCGUCAUCAUCAUCAUUAUUAAUUUUUAUAUCAUUUUUCUAUACUUCCCGUAUAAGUGUGUGCUCGUGAAGAAUUGUGUCUCGUGAGAUUCGACCAACGAACGAAUACUCUUCGUUUUCUCCCUCUUUUCUUUUUAAUUUCCCUUGAACCCUUACCCCCCACUCCUCAUCCCUCGUUGUUAUCGUCGUCGUCGUCAUCAUCGUUGUCGCCGUCGUUGUCGUCGUCGUGGAUAAGUGUUAAUAUUUCGUCUGGGUGCGAACGAGGGAAGGAAAGAGAAAAAGAUAGAUAAAGAGAAAAGGACGGAAAGAAAGAAAAGGAAAGUAAGAGAUAGAUAAAUAGAUAUAGAACGUGUGUAUAAGAAGGAACGGGAUAAUAAUGUAUACCGGGAGAUAAGGACGUGUGUGUAAGGUCAUUUGUCCUUGGUGGUGAUUUUACAUAAACGAAGUAAAUUUUGAAGGACACUGAACGAAGAGGAUAAUAACGAAGAAAGAGAGAAAGAAAGAAAAUAAGAAGAAAAAGAAGAUCGUAUUAUUCGUAUAAUUACUACUAUACCAUCCAACAUCGCUAUCACCAACGUCAACAUCACCACCACUACCUUUCACUUUCUCUAUCAUUCUUACGUCUAAUAAAUUGUGCGUGCGUGCGUGCGUACGUACGUGCGAGCGAGCGUGUGCGUGCGUGUGCUCGUGUACGUGUGUGAGACAAGGAAAUAAAAAUUAACGCACGCGCGCGCGCGCGCGAGCGCCCGACAAACGAAAUAAAAACAAACACGAAAAAAAUAAUUUGGAAGGAAGAAGGAAAAAGUUGAAAGAGAAGAGAGUUAAAUAGCAUUAGUAGUACUACUACUAUUACUACUACUACUACUACUACUGCUACUGCUACUACUACUACUACUAUUAUUACUUACUACUACUAUUACUACGUACUCUGAUCUUUUACUCUGGCAAGGCCGCUACGAUUGGUCUGUGAAAAGAAGGAGGAGGAGGAGGUAGUAGCAAGCAAGUAAGCAAGCAAGCAGACCGGAAGUGAACGCGCGACCGCGAGAGGUACGUCGAACCUCUUUUCUCCCUCUCUCCCUCACCCUCUCACCCUCUCUCUCACUUACUCACUCACUCUCUUUUUCUCUGUUUCACUCUCGUUCCUUUCGAGUAUAUCGCGAAGAUCGAGAGAGCCGAGGAGAGACGGGAUAAGAUUAAACGCGCUCGUGUUAGUGUCUUCUUCGUGUGUGUCGGUGUGUGUGUGUAUAUAUAUAAUAUAUAUGUGUUUGUAUAUAUACACAUACAUAUGUGUAUAUACAUACGGAGAUACGUACGUGUACGUAUGUACGCGUGCGGCGUGUGUAUAUGAGGGGGAGAAAGAAGAGAUAGAUAGAUAGAUAGAUAGAUAGAUAGAUACAUAGAUAGAUACAUAGAUAGAUAAAUAGAUAAUAUAUUUGGGAGAAAGAAGAAAAGGAUAGAAAAAUCGGAAAGGCCGAGAUGCCUAUUAACCGGUCCUAUUUCUCCCGAUUGAUAAGGAAAAGUUGAAAUUAGAAGAUAAUAAAGAAGAAAGAAGAUAAUAAGUUUGAAGAGGUGGAAAGAUAAUAAUAGUGUCAUCGUCGUCGUCGUCGUCGUCGUCAUCGUCGUCGUCGUCGUCGUCGUCGUUAUCCCUUUACUUAGGGAUAAGUUCACAAAAAAUAAUCAACAAAAUGAUUGAAAACGAUGAUUAGCGUGUUCUGCUGUUAGUGCGCGUUCGUUAGUGCGGUUUAUCAGCGGAAACUUUCCGCUUUUGGUUUCGUUUCUUUCUCUCUCUCUCUCUCUCUCUCUCUCUCUCUCCUCUCUCCAUCCAUUUUAUUUAUUUAUUUAUCCGACGAAACGUGAAGAAUAAGGAAAAAAGAGAAAGAAGAGGCAAAGAAAAGGGAAGGAAAAGAGAAAAAAAGAAUAGAACAAAAAUAACGAAGGUGGAUACGAAGACGAAAACGAGAUGCUCGAGGAUCAGCCAUUGGACCUCAGCGUCCGAGUUGGAGAUUAUGCCGAAUUAGGAAGAGACGAGAACGAACAACAGGAUCAUCAUAAUCAUCAUAAUAAUAAUCAUCAUCAUAAUCAUCAUCAUCAGGAUCGUAAAGACCGUAAAGAUCAUCUUCAACAACAACAACAACAACAACAAUAUCAACAACAGCAACAACAGCAACAACAACAACAGCAAGAACAGCAACAAAUCGAUGAUUACGGAAAUGCAGCGGCUAGUCUAAGGCUAAGAGGAUGUUUCGUUGGUACCAGCUCGGAUUACUCUCAAGACAGAGAGGAUCGUACCUGUUCCGAAGAUUCCGACGAUUCCUGUUCGGACAACAAUCAGAAGGAUGGUACCGCGAGGUCGAGAUCCAGACCGCCUGGUACCAAACCCUACAAAAAGAACCUCAUGCGGAGAUACCUGGAUACCAGGGAGGUCCAACCGCACGAAACGACGACAAGCGAGAAGGAACAAUUAGGUUUGGCGAGUGUAAAAGCAGAACCAGGUUCGACGAGUGCGAGUACUGCGAGCACGACUACCGGUGCUCGUCUCCUUCAUGGAAUCCUUUCGCAGCAUCCCCAACAGCAUACGCUAGGGGUGCAAAACGGUUAUGGCCGACAUAUGCCAACGCCAGCCGGCCAUUCUCAAAUGGCUCAACCGCCCUACACCACUGCCGCCAUUGCUACGACGAGUACGCCAGGGAGCGGAUCACUGCCAGCAAGCCCUGCGGACAGCGGAGUCAGCGACGUCGAAUCAAGUACGUCCUCAGGCGGUAACGAGGACGCGAAUCUCCUACUAAAAGCCAGGCUCAAUCCUAAUUCGUCCCUUCAACCGAGUCUGGCAUCUCAUCAUUCACACUUAUCCUCAGCAGCAUUGGGUAGGUCAGCCUGCCACAGUCCUGGCGUAUAUCCGUCUACGGCGGGUUUUCUACCGCCCUCCUAUCAUCCCCAUCAGCAUCAUCCCUCCCAAUAUCAUCCGCACAGAGGUAGCUCGCCACACCAUCAGCACGGUAACCACACCAUGGGAGCAGCGAUGGGACCCCCGCAUCAUCAUCACCAUCACCAAACGCAAAGUCUUCAGCAUUUGCAUUAUCGUCAACCACCUACACUGUCCGAGAGCUAUAGCAGUUACGUAAACUCGAUGUAUGGCGGAGGAGGACAAUUCGCUACACCGUGCACACCGAGCCCGCCAAGAGGACCUGGUGGUGUACCGACUAGUGUAAUACAAGCAGCGACGAGUUCGGUAUCGGACGAUCUUUAUCUUCUGGAACUCGGUUUUCCGCCACGUUCGAAGAAAAACAAGUUGAAGAAGCCACGUCAGGGGGAGGGAGCGACUGUUAAAAGGAAAUCGCGGGAAGGCUCGACGACGUAUCUCUGGGAAUUUCUGUUGAAAUUGUUACAGGAUCGAGAGUAUUGUCCGCGAUAUAUAAAAUGGACGAAUCGCGAGAGAGGAGUAUUUAAAUUGGUCGAUAGUAAAGCGGUAUCAAGACUCUGGGGUUUGCACAAGAACAAGCCCGACAUGAAUUACGAGACGAUGGGUCGCGCCUUGAGAUACUAUUAUCAACGUGGCAUUUUGGCUAAGGUCGACGGCCAAAGAUUGGUGUAUCAAUUCGUCGACGUACCGAAGGACAUAAUAGAGAUCGAUUGUACGGGCGCGUGAGAUAGGUCUCGUUGUUGUUCCCCGAGGGAGGAACAUUAUGCGCGAGCACGAGAAAGAGGAGAAGGAGGAGGAGGAGGAGGAGGAGGAGGAGGAAGAGAUGAAGAAGGAGGAGGUUACCGCUAUAUCGAAAACUUGAAUUUUCUUAAAAGAUCGUCGUCGUCGAGAACGCCGACGAUUCUUUAUGCCGAGACGUCCCAUCGACGACCUACCGCCGCACAUCCUACAAAAAGAGCUCGCCCUCUCUGACUCGACCAUACCGUUUCCAUUUUACACCCGUUUACGGGUUGAAUCUUGCGAUAAUGAUCGCGAUUGAUGAUUCUUAGGAACGAUUGGCGAAAAAUAAUCCAUUUUCGCUAAUAAGCGAAGGAGUUUCUCUCUACUCGUGCUUCGUCUCCUCCUUUGUUAAAAUACACACACAUUGUUCUUGGCUGUGUGCGUGCAUGCGUGCUGCGUGCUCACUUGCGUCCACGUAUGUAUGAUGAUGAGAUGUGUAUGCGUGUAUGUUCUGUCUGUGUCUGCUGUUGUCUGCUCUGGGUUACGAAGGUAUUAGAAUAUAUAUAUAUAUAUGCACAUAUGUUGUGUAUAUAUAUAGCGUGCGAGAAUAGUCGAAGAGAAAGAAAGAGAAAAAGAGAAAUAGAAAGAAAGAAAAAGAAUCAAUCUACUACUCUACGUCCACGAAGAGAUCCGAAGUUCGCUUUAUGCAUAGAUCGUGUGGUGCGUAUAUAUAUAUAUAUAUAUGUAUAUAUGCAUAUGCAUUUAUGCGUGCUUUCGAUCUAGUUUACAAAUUUGUACAAAAUUUAGUUCUUAUAUUUACGGGACAGACGUUACUAAUCGUAUUUUAUCGAAAGAGAGCAAAGAAAAAGAAAAAGAAAAAGAGGAAGAAGAAGAAGAAGAAAGUAAGUAGAAGAAAGAAGAUAGAUCACUGUGGACGAAUUACUUAACCUAUAAAGUAUAGAGCAAGAGAGAAAGGACGAUGGAGAGGGAAAGAUGUAGAGAAAGAAAAAGUAUAAGCGAAAAUUGUACAUUGGGGAUAAACGCGAUAAAUUAUUUAUUGUAUAUUAGAUGAUUAUGUAUGUUAUCUAGAAAAUUGUUAUAUGUGGCGUGACGAAGAAACGUUUAAUAAAAACCUGAAAAGUUUUAAUGCGAAACGAAAUGAGGGCUGUGACGAGACUUGGAAAGUAGAAAGAAAUAGAGAGAGAGUAAGAGAGAGAGAGAGAGAGAGAGAGAGAGAGAAAGAGAGUGAAAGGGACGCGAGAGAAAUAGAGAGGAAGAAAGAGAAGGAGGGAAGAGGGGGCGGAAAAAAGAGUUUCCCUUGAGAAUGGAGAAUAUGUCCGUUUUAAAAGAAUUUUGCGGAACGAGCUCAGGGAGGAGGGAGAGAGAGAGAGUGAGAGAGAGAGAGAGAGAGAGAGAGAGAGAGAGAGAGAGAGGAAGGGAGGGAGUGAGUGAAGGAGUGGGUACACUUUAUAUUUUUUUAAAUAUAACAGAAGGGAUGACUCUUCCGUUCGAGCUGAAGGUUCAACAACGUAAGGUGCUGGCUAUAUACAAAUGAGGUCCAAGAAUGUUAUUUAGCAACCUAGUGUUACUGAUUCAUAAAUAUUAUUGAGACAGACAUUAUAUAUCGCUGUAUAUAUAUAUAGAACAAAAAAAAAUAUAUAUAUAUAUAUCUUAAGUACAUAUAAAUAUAAAUAUAUAAAUAUAUAUAAAUAUUAUUGAAUAUUAUAUAUAUUAUAUGAAUAUAUAUAUUGUAUGUUAUGUAGAGCAAAUCAGGGGUAAGAGGAGCGAGAGGAGGAGUUUAAUGUGUCUAUGAGACGAUUUUCCGUCGCGUCAAGAUGUGUGUUAGGUUAGGAUAGGAGUAAUUGAUGAGAGGAAGAGGAGGCUCGACCGUCUCGUACGAUGUCUCGAAUUAAUUAACGAAACGUUUCGAACUUUUGUGCUGUGUGUAUAUAUAUAUAUAUAUACAUACAUAUAUAUAUAAAAAUAUAUAUAUACACACACACACAUUAUAUACGUUUUCUUUUUAUACUGGAACUUGCGACCAAGCUUUCGCAUCGAACAUAAUUUUCAAUUAUAUUCGAUGAAAGUUCGAUCGUAGCUAAAUAACGCACACUCGCCGAUUUUUUCAUACUCACUUGUAUCGAAGACAUCGUACUUUUGUAACGUAGAGAAAUCUUUCUAAAGUUUGGGAAGGGGAUGUAUAAUAAGAAUAUAAUAUUAAUGAUAAUAUUAAUAAUAAUAAUAAUAAUAAUAAUAAUAAUAAUAAUAAUAAUAAUAAAGAAUAAAAAAUAAUAAUUAAUAAUAAUAAUAUUAAUGAUAAUAAUAAUAAUGAUUUAGAGAAUAAAAAUUUAAUUUAUUGACGCCCCAUGAUGGCGAAGUACGUACGAGUGCAAGUGUAUUCUGUAUAUCUAAGUUUUGUACAUAAGGAUUCGUUGAGGAUAUACUUACGAAAAAAAAGAAAAAAAAAAAACAAAAAAACGUAUAUGCUAGUUAUUAUUCUUCGUGACUGCGAAAGACAAUGCGAAGUGAAGUAAUAUGUAAAAAUCAGAGAGUAUGUUGUAACUUAAGAGACAUAAAUGCUCUUGGAGUACAGCUAAUUAACGAUAUAAUGUUGGAAUAUUUUCAAGAAGUGAAUACAGUGAAUACAUACACAAAGUGAUCCAGUGCUGCCAAUAAUGCCUGUAAAAUGGUCCCUUACAUUUGCCACUUAAAAAUAUAUUCAGUAUCGUUAAAAUCAUAAAUGUCUUGGGGACGCCGGAUAUACCGAUGAUACAAAGCAAAUUGCCUUCUUGUAUUAACAAAGACAUGUUGCCUUUUAACAAAAAAAAAAAAAAAAAUGAAAAAAAAAAGAAGAAAAAACAUAUAAAACUUUUAGUGAUUUAUAUUGUAAUACCAUCACUUUGUCCAGGUACUUAAAAAAAAAAAAAUGUUAGCCCUAUCCUCGUUUGAUGGAAUAAAGUCUUAGAUUUUUGUCGAUGAAAAAGGUCUUUUGACAUAUGAAGAUUUUUGAAAUAAUAAUUUUUCUAUAUAAUAUGGAACCAUUGAGAAUAUAUAUGGGUAUUCAUACAAAAGUUAAGAAAAAAAUAUCAGAGUACAAUGGACAAAAGCAAGUACCUAUACCUAACGUACCACUUGUAUACAUGAUAGCAGACACUUAUAAACGAUGAAUGAACACUACAACAAAAAUCAUAUUUUUAGGUGAAUUAAAUUUAUAUAUACACAUAACGAUUGACUACGCUACAAGAUAUUUUAACGAAUAAGACUUUACUGUAAUAGGGAUAAAUAUAUAAUUAUUUACUUGUAAAAUAUAUGAAGACACGAUGGAUUGAUGUAAGGAACUCUAAUGUAACGUUCUGUGAUUCGUUGUUUGUAGGUGAAAUUUAAUAAAAGAUUAUUGUACCAUAA